AUGUCGUGGUUGAUUAAUGACCUCCGGAAGAAAAUGAACGAGACCUUGGCAAGUCUCGAUUCCUCGUAUCAUCCCGAAGGAACUCCCUACGAUGACAAAUGCGAAGAAUCCGAGGAGGAAAAAACAGAAACCAAGCAGGAACAGAGCCCAGUCGUAUCAGAGGAUAUUCAACAGAAAGGAUUGGCUCUUGCAGCAAAGUUAUUCGAUUAUGCCAAAGAAUCAACUGCUAUUGCUGGCAAAAGUCUGGAAGUUGUUAAGAAUGCUGUUGAAAAACAUACAUUUAUCGGUGAUUUCAACAGCGAACUGGCCUCCUUCGAGAGAGAGUUAGAGGAUAAGAAGCAGACAUCAGUUCGAAUUCCAUGGGAAGGGUUAAGCGAUGAAGGUUUGGCGAAGAAGCAAAUGCUCUCACUUUCUUUGGAUUCCCAUAAUUUUUUGCGAGAAUCUCCAGGUGAUUCCGAGUUUUCGUUGGAGGAACAAGAAGCUAUAGCUGCUGUUUUGAUAAAAGAAGAUCCAAAUCUGAACAAAAUUCGCUUUCAACUAGUUCCUAAACAAUUAAGUGAAGCCAAGUUUUGGAAGAAUUAUUUCUAUCGUGUAUCUCUAAUCCGUCAGAGCUUGGCUGUCAAUUCGUCACCUGAACCAACUCCUUCUACGGCGAACGAACAGGAAAACAAAGUGGAAAGCCACGAACCAACAGCUUCUGUUCCUACUCCUAAUGAGGAGGAAUCAAAUGGGGAAAAGAGCGCUGUUGAAACUGAAGAAGCUUCUAAUUGCCAACCUGGGAAAACGGAAGAGUCGUUAGCUGAUGAUGAUUGGGAAAGGGAACUGUUAUCAGAUUUGAACGAAUAUGAAGUUGUCUCAGAAAAGUCAGGAAAACCAGACGAACAAUGGGAGUCUGAUAUCCAAGAUAUACUCAAUUCCAAUUCUUGA